AUGUCUCGUGCGCCAGAGUUGCUUCGGAACUUUCCAGAGUCAAAUCACUUUCCAUCACCCUCAUUGGUGGAUAAUUUGAUUUUAAUUACGAAAUUGCUUAUAACUCAUCCUUGUACUGUACUUCGUCGCCAGUGUCAGGUUCACCAAUUUGCGAGAAGUUUGCAUGUUACGCCAUUUACGCUUGUGCCUGUCGUUUGUAAUAUGGUUGCUGCUGAGGGUUUAUUGAGCUUAUGGAAAGGAGCUUUGGGGUCCAAUGUCCUUUGGGCCCUUUCUAUUGUUUCUGAAAUUCUUCUGGCUGAUAUUCUUGGAUUGCCAAGAUCCUUCGUAAAACGUGGCAGUACUGAAAAAUUUUGGAGACAUAUAGCAUUGAAAGCGUACGUUUUUGGCUCAUUCUUUUAUCUUUUAAAUAAUUUUUGCAGCGAAACGGGGUUGGCUCUUGAAGAUAUAAAAGUUAUGGAUGUAAUUACAAAUGGAAUAAAUCGAUUGCAUUUUGAUUUUUUUGGUCCACGAGAUAAUAGUAAACGCUUUGCUUUAAUUUACCUAGCAAUUCCCACAACAAUUUAUCAGACAACUCAUUAUCUUAUUGCAGUCAAUUUCUAUGAUUGGAUAUUUACUACGGCUCAACGAUAUGUGAAUAAAAAGUCAGCAUCGGAAAAGACAGUUUUUCAUUCUUAUUUGCCUCAAUUUUUUGCGACAAUGACAUCUCAGGUUAUGGCUGAUUUGAUUUCUUAUCCUGUGGAAACAAUUUUACAUCGGUUAUACAUACAAGGAACUCGUACGUUGAUUGAUAAUCUUGACAAUGGCGUUUCGGCUAUAUCGAUAACAGCGAAAUACACGGGUUUUUUCGAUUGUUUAAGAAGUAUAUUACAUCGUGAAGGCUUUAUUACCUUUUAUAGCGGAGUUGGUGCCUUGGCUUUGCAAUAUGCUUUACAUUUUUGUUUCCUUAGAUUAGUGCGGACUUUGUUCGAAUAUGCAUCAGGUGCACUAUCAAAUAUCAAUCGUGGUUCCAGUAAUGCGAGGCAGCGUUUGCCUUCAUCUGGUUAUGGUUUUGGAAUUGAAGAAGAUGGGUUCUCAAAGGAACCAAUGGUGCCAGGAAAAAUAGUCACGGGCAUUCGUUCUUCACCGUAA